AUGCCCCGGCCCCCCCCCGCCGGCGGGGCUGCUGCCCGUGCCCGGCCCGGCCGUCCCGCCCGCGGUCUCGCCUCCGCCCGGCUCUGGCCGUACUGGCGGUGGCGCUGCUGGGCGGGCGUCAGUGCCUGGUGCGGGGCGGCAUCGCCGCCCUUCGGCUCCGCCUGGCCCGAGCCCGGCCCCGGCCCCGACGCAGGCUCCAGUCCCCGCCCCGGCCCCGGCCCGGCUCCUCCCGGGGGCCCGCGGAGGACACAGGCGGCGCGGCCGCUGCCGCCGCCUCCGCUGCGGCUUCCCCGGCCCGAGCUCCGCCGCUCGGCAGCAGCGCCGCCGCCGCCCGCCCCGAGCCUCCCGUGGCCAUCAAACGGGUGCCGCGGAACCGCGGCCCGCACUGGGGCGAAGCUGCCCGGCGGCACCAGCGCCCCGCUGGAGAUCGUGCUGCUGGCCAAGGUGUCCACUGGCUUCCCUGGUGUGGUCCAGCUGCUGGAGUGGCUCGUGCUCCCCAACGACAUCGUGAUGGUGCUGGAGCGGCCAGAGCGGUGUCAGGACCUGCAGCAUUUCAUUCGGGCACGGCGGUUCCUGCCCGAGGAGGAGGCGCGGGGGCUGUUCCGCCAGGUGCUGGAGGCCGUGCGGCACUGCACCAGCUGCGGGGUCCUGCACCGCGACAUCAAACCAGAGAACAUCCUGGUUGACCUGGCCACCGGGCAGGCCAAACUGAUCGAUUUUGGCUGUGGCACCUACCUGCAAGACACAGUCUACACUCACUUUGCAGGAACACGGUCAUACAGCCCCCCGGAAUGGACCCACUUUGGCUGGUACCAUGGCAAGCCAGCUACCAUCUGGUCCCUGGGCAUCCUGCUGCACCAGAUGGUCUGCGGGGAGCACCCUUUCAGGAGGGGCUGGAACAUCAGCUGGGACCAUCAGCUCUCGCUGCCACAAAGGCUCUCUCAAGAGUGCAAAGAUCUGAUCAGGUGGUGUUUAUCUGUGAACUCCUUGGACAGACCCACAUUAGAAGACCUGUUCUGUGAUCCUUGGGUGCAGGAUAUUCCUCUGCCAUAGAAGAAGAGAGAGAGCCACAGGCACACUUUGAUGCAGGGCCCUGCUGGGGCCCUGGGCAGAGCCCUGA